AUGUUAUCGUCCGAUGAUAUCAAAUGUUCUCUAUGUCAAAAUAAAAAUAAAAUGAAAUGUAAUAACUCAAAAAAACAGCAACAAACUUCUUCAUUUGUGGCCAAUUAUGACUACAGUAUGGCGUCUACUUCUACUGUUCAAUAUGAACGACCGCCCAGUCCAGAAGAUACCAGUUGUACUCAUAUCAGAAACAUGACUUUUUUGAAAAAUUCAUAUAAAAAUGUUCCCGCGCCAUCGAAACAGUUUCUUAGGGGGGUAAAUUGUGCAGUAAUCAAACUAUUGAAAGAAAUCGAAGAAAACCACAAAUUAUGUAUUAAAAAAAGUCCAAAUAGACAAGCUUCAAAACGACGACAACAUAAAUCAUAA